AAACCAGCAGAGGGUCACACCUAGACAAAAUAAUACGAAAGACAGACCCAUACACAAUGGAAAAGUGUUUUUAGCUCAGCAGGAGACUGAAUCAUCUACGAAUUAUCAACAACAAGACGUCGAAGAAGCGCAUCGUAGCAACGAAGAAGAACACAAAUAUUACGAGGAAGAAGCCCGCCAGAGAUUCGACAAAGAAGAAGCAAAACGCAAGGAAGACGAAGAAUCGGAACGUCAACUACUCGAGAUGAUCAAGGAACUAUACAAGGAGGAGAACGAAGAACAUACGAGUGAACCAAGAAAUGACCAUGACAACGAAGAAGACAUAGAGGACGACAAUGAUGAACAGUUAGAGUUGCAGCAAGUGUUUAAGCUGACUAUUAAUGCACAGCAACAAAACGAGGACCAGGAAUCAGAGGAGCAUCGAGCCUUCCAGAAUAGUUACGAUGACGAAGAAAGUGAGGCGAACCAGUUGCGUCGAAAAAGUACAACAGCAUUACGAGAACGAUCAGCCAUACCGCCGACUCAAAAGAGUAGAAAAAGAAAGAAAAAGAAAAGAACAAGUAAGUCGGACACCUAUUACGAGACUAACGACAGCCAUGCAGAUUUCGACAACUGGGAUCGCUUCCGGAAAAAUUUGGGCGCAGCAGCAGUGAAAAGGCAUGCAGCGACCACUGAUAGUGACAAAUGGUUAGAUGUGGAUCACGAAGCAGAACUGGCGGCAGAAACCGCUGUAGCAAAGAAGGUCGAAACCAUUGAGAUCAUUAGCGAACAACGACAGGAAUGCAAAGAGGCAACCGAUGCCCUCACGACCGUGUAUGCCGUCGAGGAGAACGGUGACCCAAACCAGGAAGAUGAAGCAGACGAUCACCUAGACCGCCUUACAUUGAGACCAUCCGACGGGCGGUGGGUACCACCGGCAGCGUAA